AUGACAACCCACACUACAGUUACACUGGACCACAACUCUGCGAUGGGCACAGGGGGCUAUAAAGAACCGAAUCACGACGAGAGCGGUAUUCCAAACGUGGCGCCGACGUCGCGGUUAGGCCUAGCGACUUCUUCUGCUGAACUUAGAACGAGAGCCGAGUGGUUGGAUGUAACGGCAAAUACGCUAGGCAUCUCAGAACAGACAUCAUCUUCGGACAGUGAGAACGAUUCUCGUAGAUCAGACAUCUCUACAAGCUUUUCGCGGGUUUUGGAAACCAAGGAAGAUAAACCAGCUGGCUUCAAAAGUGACACAAAGUCGUUGGGUGAAAAUGUCUUUGAGGAAAGUGAAAAGGAUGAAGAUUUGGAAAGCGUAAUAACAACAACAUCGGACGACACAAGAUCUACAGGGACGGAACUUCGGUCGCUAGGGGAAGGCUUCUUAAUUACGUCGAAUCCGUUACAUCUUGCUGAGGACAGUGGCAGCUCGUCUCAAAAUACGACAACGUUGAAGCCACUUCGUUCUGAAGAUCAAAACUUGUCGCUAGACUCUCAAUUAUUAAUAGAUUCGUUGACAGUCCCCAGUAAAACACUUAGGCCUAGAGGUUUUGACGGAAGUUUCCAGAAUAACUUCCUUGGCGUAACUUGGUCAAUGAGUGGCUCCGAAGAAUUCUUAGUAAAUCCAGAUUUAGAGGCAGGUCCAGCACCAACUGUUGCAACAUCAACAGUUGCUGCAAAGUCUACUCCUGGAUCAGGCAACCAUGAAGACGUUUCCUUUCCUGUAUACCUGACUUGUGACAUGAUAUGUAAAAGUUGCUAUGGGGGCAGCUUUACGUCAGGCGACGAACAAAUAGGCAGGAAACAUGUCGACAAGCAGAGAUCCUGGGGAUAUCUCUACAAACAAACAUCCACGGAAUAUCUCGACAAGCAGAGAUCCUGGGGAUAUCUCUACAAACAAACAUCCACGGAAUAUCUCGACAAGCAGAGAUCCUGGGGAUAUCUCUACAAACAAACAUCCACGGAAUAUCUCGACAAGCAGAGAUCCUGGGGAUAUCUCUACAAACAAACAUCCACGGAAUAUCUCGACAAGCAGAGAUCCUGGGGAUAUCUCGACAAGCAAACACCCAGAGAACUUUCAGACAGCACCAUUUCAAACUCCUACAGUGACGUCGUCACCGAAGACAAUGGUGGCCAAACGGUGCCCGACGGUGCGGACACUCCGAGGUGUGCAACAUGGGGCAAGCACACGCGGAAGUUUUCUUGUUCCUGCCACACCAGCUGUGUCCUCUACGGAGACUGCUGCCCAAAUGUGUUUGAGAAAUGUUUCCGUGCUAGAAAUGAGUCGGAUCUAUUGGAUAGAAUUCUGGCAGAAGAGGCGAGACGUGAAGCUUGGCCGUUUACAGGGAACUUACCUCAGGACCAAGAACUUGCCAGAGACACCAGCCAAUCAAAACAGUUGGUUGACUUCUAUAACACACAGUAUGGUCAAUGUGUCGGUACAGGGUCUACGUUUUAUCGAAUGGUGUCCACAUGUCCUAGUGGACAUCUAGAUAACGUUGUAAGGGAAAUGUGUGAACAUCAAACCGAUCCGCUUUUGCCAAUCGUGUCGUUACAACAGCGUUCCUUCCAUCUUGUGUUUAGAAAUGUGCAUUGUGCUUCUUGCCACAGCAUAGACAAAAGUGAACUCACAGUCUGGAAAAGUGAAAUUACGUGCGACACAAACGUUGUUCCGGAAUCAACGCUUCUCACUUUGGCAAGGAUAAAGGAAUAUGUGAAGGACAAGCGUUGUACCAUGGCGCACAAAGAACCACGUGAGGUUUGCUCACCUCGCAGCUGUCGCCAAGAGUCACGGCUUGCUGUGGCAGACAGAAGUGUUCUGAGAGAACAAGUCAGGACAGGGAACUGUUCUCAGCUGGACGCCGCGUUGUGCAGAGCUUACGUCUUGCCGUCUGGGACGUACAAAAACCCGCACUGUGCGAUGUGUAUGUCGCCAAAUAGAAAUAAAGAUAAAGUUGGAGCAGUAGAUGUUCUUACUUUGCCCGUUUGUACAACGUACAGUCAGCAUAAUAUCCCAGCUUUGUCACGUAUAUCUAAUAGUCAGGGUGGCAUUCUGAUUGUUCUGGACAUCACUGGACAAUACAGCUCUGAGAACGGAGGGAGCCAGGUCCAGGGAUACUUGUGUGAGGACGACCAGGUGUUUGAGCCGCUGACACGGACUUGCACACAGAGGUUCUGUUCUCCCGGGUUCGAGCCUUAUCGAGGUCAAUGUAUGCCGUCAAACGCACAGACAAUGGUGCCGAAGGAUACGCAAUAUUUUCCUAAUGGUUGGAAUUCUGUUAAGUUCUCUGUUGUACUUGACGAAAGUAGGGCGGAAUCCCCCCUACACUGCCGGUCCAAAGAGAUGGAGGAGAUGUUUGCUUCACACAACUCUCGUACAGCGCUCAGGUUGGAAAAUCUAAUCAUUCUCAGAUAUGUCAAAGAACUGCAACGGGAUUUUAAAAACAUGAAACGUACCGCCAAUGACUUUCACAAUGACGUAGAGGACGCGUUCAUUGAGUCCAAAGAAUUGCAAACAGACUUUGCAACAUUGCAAAACGAUGAAACAGAACAAACAGAGAAUCUAAGAGAAAUAGAGAGAAAGGUUGAAGCGUUCCAGCAGGCUUUGAAAGGAUUGCACGAAAUCUCUCUAGAUCUGCGAAAUGAGUUGCAACGUGGUUUGGGAACAACGACAACAACAACAACAACAACAACAACAACAACAACAACAACAACAACAACAACAACUACUACAAUAGACGGAUAUCCCUGUCUUGAGAUGGAACUCCUGAUGCCUGAAGUUUCUAACAGCGUGCCGUCAGUACACCAACGGCCUGCUGCUAUCGUGGAAGGAUCGAUAGCUGUAAACACCGACAUAGUAGGUUCGCUAAAUGACUUACAGUACGCGGUCAAUGCGAUAGCCAGAUAUUUUGACCACCAGAGAAAUGUUCUCAGUGUGUCGUACACGAAUGUCAUACACAGAGAUGAGACCGUGUGUCCGUUCAAUGGCCGCCCUAGGAACCUAAAAGACCCAGAAAUUCAGACCAUAAGAGGUAAGCAGUAUGCAGUUGAGAAUACAAUACAGGGAGGCAUUUACUUCCCUCUGGAAUACAUUGGUUUUUCUGUCAAGCUCGAACAUUAUAUUUCACGCCUCGGUACUUUCAAUUCUUCACAGGACACAUUUACUGUAUGUGAAAGUAACCUCUUCAAUAACACAGAGUGUGUUGUGGUGUCGUAUUGGUUAAACCAAACAGCUAUCAACGGAACGUCACUGGUAGUUCUUCAAACAGGAAACGUGUAUACAGAGGGGAACUUUGAGCUCGUGGAAGAUAAAGCUUAUGUUUGUUCUGAUCUGACUUUUGAAGCUGGGGUCUACACGAAUGGGUUCAGUCUUACGUUCAGCAUCAUAUCACUAACAGCAACUUCACUCUCUAUAGUUACUUUGUUUGUCAUGCUGCUAAUUUAUGGAAAGUUUUCAGAAUUAAGAAACCUCCCGGGAAAAAUGACUGCCAACCUGGCAGGCUGUAUGAUGACCAUGUACAUUUUGAACAUGUUCACGUACUUCGAUAUUCACAACGACUACGUCUGUCCUGUCUUUGCUGCUCUCCACCACCUUUUUGCUUUGGCUUCCUACGCCUGGAUGUCUGCUAUUGCCGUCAAUAUGGCGCUCACUUUUGGUGCCAGAAUCAGUAACCCCCAGGGGUCUUUAAACCGUAACUCUAUUUUCUUACGUUUCUCAGCUGUUGUCUGGACCGUUAGUGUGUCAAUAGUCAUGACGUCAUUACUUCUUGAUAUGACUCACUCCGAUGACGUCACCGUGGAAGGAUCUGAACAAGGGGACGAAAGCAAUGAGAACGGGUCAAGUGAAAAGUGGAACGUAAAUACCACAGACAUGAACGAGGAAAACAGUACAACUCAGGCCUUAAACAAGUCACACACAGAUUCUCACCAGCAAAGUGAACCCAGGUUCCCGCGGUAUGGCCAUCCUAUAUGUUUCUGGUUUUCAGCACCUCUGUGGGCUCGGUUGACAUUUAUCAUCGGCCCGUAUGCUCUGUCCUUUAUCGUUAAUGUCGUUGCGUUUACAAUCACCCUCGUGGGCAUAAAUAAAGCGAGCAAGGCGUCAGAAAAAAUCUGCAAGAAAAGUUCCGACCGACUGACUUGUAUUAUCUACUUAAAGCUCUCCACCGCUAUGGGCUUCACUUGGAUUUUGGCGACACUGCUAGCCGUGUUCCCCUCGAACCCAGUGCUGGAGAUUGUCUACUCCUUGCUGGUGUUACUUCAGGGGCUUCUGCUUGUCCUGGCCUUUACGGGCAACAGACGGGUGUGGAAUCUGCUGGUGGCUUGCUUCAAGGCUCGCAGAGCUUCGUCGUCUACGGGGUACACUUCCACCAGGAGUUCUGCGGCAACCAUGAUCUCUGAGUGA